AUGCGGCGAGUGUUGAGGGGGGCAUUUAUGCUUAGCGGUGGCGCGGUUCGUCGCUGGGCCCGGCCUAUGCAGGAGACGGCCACAGGCACAAAAAUUUCAUCCGUGCGGGCGUUGAGGAAGUCGCAGAUGUCGGAGGUGGAAGAGGUGGCGCCCCCGCUUCCUCAAGAACACGCACACUCCAAUGAAGCCGAGGGUCGUCCUAGUGAUGACAACACCACCCAUGAUAAUUUUGGUUUUAGCGGCGGUGUUGCCGGGAUACCUUUGGAAAAUAAUGACACGACAACAAGUCACAUAUUCACACCAACCCUUGACGUGGAGGAGGAGUACGGGACUCCCGUCAUGGCACCAACGAGCAGCGCUUCCAAUGAAAGUGUCCUCUCCUCUAUUGAUAUGAUAUGCGACGAUCUUUUUUCGUGUAAGACGGAUGUAUUGAAGUCGUUUGCGCGGACACGCUCAGUGGGUGGGGCAACGAAGUCGGAGCUUGUGAUGAAUCUCAUUGACCUUGCCAACCGUGAGGCGCAUGGCGAGAGCCAGGACCUUAGCAUCACGAAACGGGUCCUCGGUGAUGUCUUCAAUGAGGAGGUGCGUGUGAGUGGGGUACGUUCCCAGUGGACAAACAAGUCGCUUGAGGCCUCACACAUUGAAAUGGCAUGUGAUGGUCACCUAAAGUUUGAGGUGAUGAGUUAUACCCAAAAGACGCUUAUGGUGCGUCGUAAUGCCUCCGAGUCGGCACGGGUGCUGCGAAAACUUAUCCGUCCCUUUCAGCAGGACUACCCGCGUAUUGCAGAGACAGCGGUGGGAGGGGUCUUUCGAAAUUUCAAGGCGGAAGCCGAUCAACUUGUGGAGUCGCUUCCCGCAGUGGAGGUGGUGGGCCCCUUUACCUCCUUCCUCGUGUCAUAUGUGCGCUACGCGACCUCGGCAAACCUGCUUACUCGUACAAAUGUGAUUGAGCGCCUGGAGCAGCUUGGGUUAGUCCAGAUGGCAGUGGAAGACAGUAGUGACGCCACGCUGCAGCGUCUUAUGGCCUUGCUAGACGAAGUUGUGGCAGAGGUGGAACGGCGAGCAGGGUGUUUUGGCGACAAGCGCACAGCAUGGGGUACAGAGACACCCGAAGUGCUGCGUAGCUCAAUCCAGGCUUUUGCAGACAGCUGGGCGCAGCAGCCACGAGGCGAGGUUGGGGAUAGGGCCCCGGCAUGGGUUCAUGACUUUGUGCGCAUGUUCAACAACUGGGAUGCCAUUGUGCGCACCGAUGUUCCUAUGCUUGAAGAUGUGCCAAGGUACAUCUUUGACUGCAUUCUCAGUGGUGUGGUGUGUUUCUACUUGCUGCAGAAGAUAUACGGCGAUAUCAUUAUCCCCACAGAUGUUCCACUGACCGUGCGAUCCGCCGUGCGGAGAGCGAUGGAGGCGCACUUCAAGGAUGAGGAGAAGGCGGCGCAGGCAUUGGCGAAACUCUUUGCGUAUGUGCAAUCGCCUGGGGACUCUGGUGUGGUGAAGGCGGAGUUCUUUCCAGCCGUGCUCUCCCAGAUGCAGGGUGCCUUCCAUGACACAGAGCAGAGUGUUCUGCAUAAUGCCCGUGUUGCGCUUGUCCUGCGUGAAGUGUGUGCGACAGCCUCGCGGUGCACCCGUACGUGUGGCCUUUUUCACAUGCUUGUAAAGAUCACAGAAGAUCUUCGAUUUCACUUUCGGUUUAACACAAUAUUUAAGAAACUCAGCGGCAGGGACCGCACCACAAUCCGCACCAAGUACAGCAUCAACAUGGUGAAGACGUGUGAGUACUUUGAACAGGAGUAUGGGGUGACGCCCAUCUCUACCAAGGCAGUGGGUUUCUUGGUGAUUCAACUGCUGCACAUGUCAAUGCGUGGGGCGAGUAGCGGGAAUGUGGCCGGUAGUGGUCGUCCAAUACUAGAACGUUUUGUGAGCGUCACUGGCCGAGAGGAAUAUUCCGUUGUUGGCAUGUCUGAAAUGGAGGCGACACAAAUUCGUGAUUUGCGGGUUGCCUUUCCUCCACAGCUCUCCUACAACUCCUGGCUACACCAGUCGGACACGAAGGAAAAGUCCGUGUAUAACGUCCUCCCCUCCGUGGCGGUGAAGGGAUCCACCAACCAGGCGAUGAUCAUCUCACAAGCUCCGAUGAUGAAGGCUCUUGACGCGAUCUCCCGUGUACCGUGGCGUAUCAGUAAAUACAUGCUUCACGUACAAGAGGCCAUCGUGAGAGAGGGGUACGGCUUUGGGAAGAUCCGGCCAGCCUUCUACCCUUUACACUACUGCGCAAAGAGUCGUGGGGACAUUUCUUAUGACGUGGCUGGCAACGCCGAUGCUGCUGCUGCUGCUGAUUCUUAUGAUGAUGGCGACGACUGCGAAGUCUACAAUCUACAGCAACGGCGGGAAUACGAUACCCAACAAGACGAGGAUUGGAAAAGUCUUUCCGAACAACGUAGCAAUCGUAUUCACUACCUGCAAGCUCUUCGUCAGGCCCGCUCACUUGUACAGUUUUCACAUAUUUACUUUCCAAAUAGUAUGGACUUCCGUGGACGUAUGUAUCCGCUGCCAGGGAGGUUAAAUCACACCGGAUCCGAUCCGUUUCGAGCCCUACUAGAGUACGCGGAACCCAAGCCAUUGGGAGAGACUGGACUAUAUUGGCUGAAGGUACAUUUGGCCAAUAAGAUGGGAAUGAGCAAACUCUCCUUUGAUGAGCGGGUGCAUUACGUGAAUGAGCAUAUUGAAGAUGUGGUUCAAAGUGCGGAAUCCCCGCUUCAUGGCGACAAGUGGUGGCAAGAGGCUGCGGAGCCGAUGCAGUGUCUCAUGGCCUGUAAAGAGUUGGCGGAUGCUCUUAAAUGCUCACAAGGAGCAGAAAAUUACCUCUCACGUAUUCCUGUUGCCGUGGAUGGAAGUUAUAACGGUCUGCAACACUACUCCGCCAUUGGUCGCGAUGCUUUUGGGGCACAAUUGGUCAACCUGGUUCCGAGUGAGAGGCCGGCCGAUGCCUACACCGGCAUCCUGAAGGAGAUGAUGCGAUCCAUAAUGGCCGAUGCUGAGAAGGACAAUCCGGUGGCACAGCGGUGCCUCGGCACGGGAAAAGGGCAGGAUUGUAAUCAUGUCAAACGCAAGACAAUUAAGCGACCUAUUAUGACUCAGGUCUACGGUGUCACGGGCUAUGGCAUGUCGGAGCAGAUCCUGGAUGAGCUGGUGAAACAGAACAAAAAUCACGGCCUGUGGACCCCGACGGAUAUGCGUGAGAUGGCAGACUACCUACGAGAGAAGGUUCUGGAAUCGCUUGGGAUCACCUUUCGUGAGACCCAGAACUGCCGGCGCUGGAUUACAGAAGUGACAAACAUGAUAUGGGAAGCUCAACCAGCGGAGCUGCGUACUGCCCUGUGCUGGACCACACCGCUUGGCCUCGUUGUGCGUCAGCCGUACAAAGUGCGGAAGGAAAUUACACUCUUCACACCACAUGGUUGUUCGCGUAUCCCCGGUGACGCCUUCUCCGCGGCGAGCCGAAAGCAACUAACAGCCAUUGCCCCAAACUUGAUUCACUCACUUGACGCGACCCAUCUUGCCAUGACGGCGAUUGAGAUGCAAAAUCUUGGUCUCUCCAUGAUGGCCGUACACGACAGCUACUGGACGUACGCCUGCGACCUUCCUGUGCUAAGCAAAGUCUUGCGCCAGCAGUUUGUGACGCUCUACAGCAAGUAUGACCCGCUGUGGGAGCUAAAGGAGCAGUGGGAGGAGGCGUACUUUAUGGAUCUCAGAAGGCACGGCACGCUCCUGCCAGACCCACCUAAGCGUGGAGAUCUUGACUUGAGUGUUGUGCUUGACUCGCCGUACUUCUUCUCGUAA